AUGGCAAAAGCAAAAGAAGUAAAACCAAAAAGUGUUAAAGGAGAAGAGGCUGAAAAGAUGAUCCAUGACUAUUUACGCAGAACAAACCGUCCCUUCUCAGCUACCGAUAUCAGCGCGAAUUUGAAGAAUGCUGUUACCAAACAGGUAGCACAAAAGAUUUUAGAACAAUUGCGCGACAACGGUCAGAUACAUGGAAAAUCUUACGGGAAACAAAGCGUUUACGUCUGCCUACAAGAUUGUCUUGAAGAAGCAUCUUCUGACCAACUAACGGAUUUGGAUCGCCAGAUUCAAACCUUGAAAGGAGAUCUUGAAAGUGUAAAGGCAGAGUACAAGGUGAAAGCAACAGAAUUUCAAAUAUUAAACAAUUCCCCUAGUCCGGCUGAAAUUCAUCAAAAAAUUUCCACAUUAGAUAAAGACAUUGAGCAAACAAAGAGCAAGUUAGAUUGCCUGCAAGCUGGUUCCAUCAAGAGUGUUACGGAGGAGGAGAUGAAGGAUACAUUAGCAAAUCAUGAUUUUGUCAGAAAAGGUUACUUACAACGAAGGAAAAUGUUUUACAACUUGUGGAAUCUCAUUACAGAUUGUUUGGAAAACCCCAAAGAAUUAUGGGACAAACUAGGAUUUGAAAAAGACGAAGUUACGGAUGUUAAACAAUAA